AUGUUGCUGAGCGUUGCUGCUGCCGUGCUGCUGCUCUGCGUGCAGUGUCUGCACGGCUCUGCUCUUCCUGCCGUCUCCUCUUAUGAGUUCACCGCCUAUAGGAUGCAACAGUACGACUUGGCACAACAGAAGCAUGGUUGCCGUGGAGCCAUUGUUGUGGCGGAGGCACGCUCGGCAGACGAGCCGUCGCUGACCCGCCGCUGUGUUAUCAUGAAGGUGUCAGACUUCACAACUGAAAGAUACUUUGAGGCCCAGAGACAAAAUGCUGCUGCUGUACUGAUCCUUCUGCCCAAAAACACCUCCAGCAUCCCUCAUGACACAAUACAGUCUUUUAUGGUGAGCGAGAGCGAGACCUUGCAGAAGGAAACUCUGAUGCCGGUGUAUGUCGCACCAGAGGAUGAACAGCUGCUUUACAUGUACGAAGAGGUCAAGCAGGCUGCAGCUACACGGACCUCAUCCAUAUUUGUCAGAGUCCUUCGAAGUAUGGUCACAGCUACGGCCUUUCAGAUCUUAGUGAGCAACAACGCCCCCAUUAAGGCCAUCACUGACAAUGCUAUAGUCACACUGGAGGGAGUGCUUCCUGGAACAGGAGAAGACAUACCCACCAUCGUCAUCACCGCCCACUACGACUCCUAUGGGCUGGCCCCGUGGUUGUCAUAUGGAGCAGACUCCAAUGGCAGUGGAGUCAUCAUCCUGUUGGAGCUGGCACGUCUUUUCCAGAAACUUUAUAGCAGCCACAGCACCAGACCUCAAUAUCAUUUAAUGUUCUCUUUGACUGGAGGAGGAAAAUACAACUUCCUGGGCACAAAGAGAUGGAUUGAAGAGAAUCUAGAUCAUGCCGAGUCCAGCCUGCUCCAUGACAAUGUGGCGUUUGUUCUGUGUUUGGACACUCUGGCCUACGGGGAUGAACUGUACAUGCAUGUGUCUCGCCCUCCUAAGCCCGACACUCCCAUGCACGCCUUCAUUCAGCAGCUGGAGGAGGUGGUUUCCUCCAGAUUUCCCUGGGUGAAGGUGGGAUUGGUUCAUAAGAAGAUCAAUCUUGUGGAGUCGACAGUAGCCUGGGAACACGAGCGCUACAGCCUGCGUAGGAUCCUCGGCUUCACUCUGUCUCAUCUGGAAGAUCCCAAAUCUGAGCUGCGUGGCUCUAUACUGGACACUAUGUCACAAGUGGAUUUCAGAAAGCUUAAGCGUAAUGGCAUCAUCAUAGCAGAAGCACUGGCGCGGUUUAUGUACAAUCUCUCUGAUAAGGGUUCACCAAAGGAUGUGCAGGUUUUCAAAGGCCAGCUGGACUUCCAGGACAGCCGCAUUUCCAGUUUGCUGUCCUUCUUGACAUCAGUCCCUCGGGCCGCCCAGCUGCUGGAUAAAGAACCCGGUCACAUCCUGCUGGUCAAUUCACUGGAGCACGAAUUCAAACGUUACCUGCAGCAAGUUUACAGACAUACCUUCCGACAGGACAAGAGGGACCCUGACAUCACUUUUUUUGAUCAAAUGAACCAACCAAUAGUGAUGUACAGAGUGAAGCCUGCUGCCUUUGACCUGUUCCUGGGUGGCUGCAUCGCUGCUUAUUUGGGGAUUGUUUACUAUGCAAUCCAGAAUUUUGGUUUUCUCUACACAAAACUGAAAGCGGCAGUGAAAUCCAAGCACCAGUAAAUACCCCAAGACUGCGAAUACCGAGUUUCUGACAAGGACUUUGAUGUCUGCUCUGUACAAGUUGGACGUUUGCUUCACUGGCUGUGUGAAGAACUUGAAACAAUGUGACAUGAAUCUUCUCAGAAUUAUCAUAUGCACAACCUUAAAUAUGCAUUUUCUUUGAAAUGCGUAUUAUUUUAAAGAUGUUUGUACCUUUCAUUAUACAUAAAGUUUUUGAACUGUGCAAAAUGAUUUGACAUGAAUA